AUGCUCUGCUCCCUUUCAGGCGAGGAGGCCCAGGAGCCGGUCGUGUCGCCCAAAAGCGGAUGCAUUUUCGAAAAAAGACUCAUAGAGCUGUACAUAUCCACCACUGGAAAAGACCCCAUCAGCGAAGAGGCUCUCACAACAGAGGAACUCAUCGUUAUUCAAAAUAAAGAUCCUGUCAUAGUUCCACCCAGACCUGCCGCUUUCAACUCAAUUCCUACCAUGUUGCAGGCGUUUCAGAACGAGUGGGACGCAUUGGCUCUUGAGACAUUCACUUUGCGGAAAGAGCUCAACAACACUAGACAAGAGCUCAGCGCUUCCUUGUAUCAGUACGAUGCUGCAGUCAGAGUAGCUAACAAGGCGCUCAAGGAGAGGGACGAAGCACGUGAGGCGUUGACGGAGCUUUCACAGUCGUUUGCAAAGAACGAGCCACCUGUGGAUGAGAAACUGAGUGAUGGAGUUGAAGAGAAGACAGAGGAGUCAAUAGACUCAAGAACGACAGAGUCAAGGCUGUCUGACGAAGUGCCGUUGGAGAAACGUAUUUCAGCCAGCAGAGAGUUGCCCGGAGAAGUUGCCCAGAACAUUUUGGAGGCUGGAGAGAGACUUUUCAGGGAACACAAGAACCUCAAGAUCACAUUGGAUGUUCUGAACGCCGGCCUGUGGAGGAUCCAUACAUCAGAAACAACUCACGACAUACAGCGUCCUUUCGGGCAGCUUGCUGUUGGGUCUACAGGAAAGGCCGCCGUGUUUGGCCUGAACUCCAUCUUCAUUUACCCUGAGGGCAAAGUGAUGCACAAGAGAGCCAAUAUCAUGAACAUCUGCUUCACUGGACGAGGAGACCAGGUCUUGGCCGCAUGCAACAACAACACAAUCUACAUCCAGUCCAUCAACGGAGGUCCACCUAAACCGCUCAACCACAAGGCGGGCGAAAUCCACAAAAUCAUUGCCCAUCCGUCUGUCGCCGUGUCGAUUGGAUUCUCGCCAGACUACUGGACCGUAUUCAGCUAUAAUCGUCCGGUCUACAGGUCCGAAAGAGUCCCAUUUAAAAUGUCGUUCCAGGCCCUUCAUGUGGAUGGUAGACUACUAGCAAUAGGCACCAGCCAUCCUGGCCAGGUUUUGAUUUACGACAUUGUUACGAACGAGAGGGUCGCCAGCAUCAACACAAAGUACCCGCGGGUCAAUAAGAUCCAAUUUGCCUACAACGGAUAUUGGCUUUUUGUCGCUUCUAAUGAGACCGGAAAUGGUGUUGUGCAAUUGUUCGAUCUACGCAAAAACUCGUUGGUGCAGCAAUUUGAGUACAGCGAUAGAGUGGAGUUUGCCAUAGAUAAGUCUUCUCAAGUGCUUGCAGUGUCUUCGAGAGCCGAAAGGGAGAUUUCCUUCAGUUUCUACGAUAAGAAGGCGAAGCAAUGGGAUAUUGAUGUUUUGAAGUUGGAUUCCACGAAUUCCGUUAAUCUGAUUGAACAUGUGGACGAUGAAAACAGCAUUGCUUCGUUCCUUGCCUUGUCGCCUCACACGAUACGAAGAAUCUGGCUUCGCUACCCCCUUGAUGUUUAA